AUGUUCCAGCCGCUCUGCUACCUAUCUGUCAUCCCUGCCUUGCUCUCGCGAUUCUCCACUCCCCAUGUUGCUGCAGCUGAUCACUUGCACAGGAAUCGCGGACUCUCUAUCCGGUCCAAGAAGAAGGAGCAUGGCAAGGAACCCUCUAAGCACACCUUUAGCAUGGCCACCCUCCGAGGGAUGAAUCAGGCCGAUUUGUCCAAGAAGUUAUUCAAGGUCAUCAAGACGGAAAGCCAUGCUAUCGGCGCAUAUGAGUCUGCUGGUCGAGAAAGACUCUCCAUUGCAACUCAAAUCUCCGACUGGGGAGAAUCUACCAACGAUGAUUCGAUUUCAGACGUAUCUGACAAGCUUGGUGUCAUCAUGUCAGAAAUCGGGGAGCAAGAAGAUAUAUUUGCGCAGAACUUGGAAGACUACCGUUCUAUAUUGAAGCAGAUCAGAAACACAGAAGCCAGUGUGCAGCCAAGCAGAGACAACAAAGCGAAGAUCACUGAUGAGAUCCAAAAACUGAAAUACAAAGACCCUUCUAGUCCGAAACUGGUGACCCUCGAGCAAGAGCUUGUCCGAGCAGAGGCACAAAAUCUUGUCGCGGAAGCGCAGUUGACAAACAUUACACGCCAAAAGCUCAAGGAGGCUUACGACAUUCACUUCGCCGCCACGAUUGAGCGAGCGGAGAAACAGAUAAUUCUAGCCAGAUACGGCCGGCGUCUGCUGAACUACCUUGAUGACGCCCCAGUCGUGCCUGGCGAUGAGCGUCAGCCAUUUGCUCAUGCCAACGAGGCUCGUCAGGUCUUGAACGACUGCGAGCAGGAAUUGCAAUCAUGGCAGCCGCAUCUAGAACCGGUCAACUCAUCGGCAGGAAGUCUCGGGACUAAUUUGAUGCCCACAGAAGAGCGCGAGAAUCUUCGCAGUCCUACGAGCGCGAAGGAUAGUGAGUUCGAAGAUGCGCCUACGCUGCAUCAUCCUGAAGAUACCACCGAGACUGUAGUCGAGCCAACUACAGAGGUGAAAUCGAGCACAGAGCCAAUAAGAUCAUAG